AAAGGUAGCAGUAGAAGUCGCCACAACCGCACAGCUCAAUAUUAGCGGUACAAAAACUGAACAAAUAUGAUUUCGGCUUGGAAAACCCUAAGUAUAACUCGUACUAUUAUUUCUCCGUCUUACAGUGGGACAACAGCGAGCUUCUUCUCUCAGGGGCUACGACCAGCUUUGUCUCUUUGCAGCGGCAGACGACAUCUGUGCAUAAGUCCCAACAGAAAGUUCUCCGGGAAGCGCUACAAUGUGCCGCCGAGCGCCGAGUUUGUUGCAAGGGUGUCAGGGAUCCCCACGAUGGCCAAGUUACCCUACCGGGAAACAGCGGACGGGCUUGAUGCGGCGUUUGUCGGCGUCCCAAUUGACACCGGGACCUCCAACCGACCUGGAGCAAGGUUUGGUCCCAGGCAGAUCAGAGUGGAAUCUGCCAUGCUGAGAUCUUACAACAGUGGCACCAGAGCAGCCCCUUACGAGUCCCUUAUGGUGGCUGAUAUUGGAGACGUCAAUGUGAAUGUGUACGACCUGAAGGACACCUGCAAACGCAUCCGGGAGGCCUACAGAAAGAUCCUGACUACUGGCUGUACUCCUCUGACUAUGGGUGGCGAUCACACAAUUGCCUAUCCUAUUCUGCAAGCUGUUGCUGAGAAGCAUGGCCCAGUGGGUCUGGUCCAUGUGGAUGCUCAUGCUGACACCAGUGAUGUGGUCUUGGGGGAGAAGAUUGGACAUGGGACUCCAUUCAGACGUUGUGUGGAGGAGGGGCUACUGGACUGCAAGAGAGUGGUCCAGAUAGGCCUGCGUGGUACAGGCUACUCUGCAGAUUCAUAUGAAUGGAGCCGGGCACAGGGUUUCCGUGUGGUACAAGUGGAAGAGUGUUGGUUCAAAUCUCUUGCACCUCUGAUGGCUGAGGUCAGGGCUCAGAUGGGCAGCGGUCCAGUUUACCUCAGUUUCGACAUCGAUGCUCUUGACCCCGGCUUUGCCCCUGGAACAGGCACGCCAGAGAUAGCAGGGCUUACUCCCAUACAGGGAGUUGAGAUUAUCCGGGGCUGCCGUGGUCUAAACCUUGUUGGAUGUGAUCUAGUGGAAGUGUCUCCACCCUAUGACACCACAGGGAAUACUGCACUGACUGGUGCCAACCUCCUAUUUGAAAUGUUGUGUGUCCUCCCAAAAAUUAAAUACUACUGAUUAGUACUGACCACAAAGAACUAAGGCUGCACAAUUAAUAGAAAUAUUAUCAAAAUCGCAAUAUGGCUAAGUGCAAUAUCCAAAUUUUUAAAACCAAUCACAGAUUUCUCAGUCAGUAAUUUGCCCUGCAUCAGACACCAGCAUAUCAAACAGCAGGGAAGUGCUUAUGGUAUUCAGUUUAAAGUUAAAGUACAUCGGGACCUCCAAUCAACAACCAAAAAUGAAAGAGCACAGUUUGCUGAUGUUAAAAGUUUGUCUUGUCUGUCUAAUAGGUUUGCAUUAAAUUUAUAUUUGGUAACAGUACAAAGCCUUAAGGCAGAACACAACCAGAGGGUAUUCAAUUAAGUACCAUUUCUUUUCUAUGCACUUACAAUCAACAGAAAGACAUGGGCUUAUUGCCUGCUGUUUUCUGCUUUGUUUAAUCUCAAAUUACGUGUUUAAUUUUCUUGUUAUUUGUAUCAGAACUAUAAAAUGUAUGAUAUUUACCUAUGUGGAGCAGCAUCUUUGUCAUAAAAAAUGUGACACACUA